GGUGAUCUAAAGGCAAUGGCAUAUGAUCCGAGUAAAACAGAAGAAGAAGUUGCAUCAACAAUACCUGAUAGUAGGGUUGACAAAGAUCAAUAUCGUGAGUUGGUUCAUUAUUGGUUCUCCGAUGAUGGACAAAAAAUAAGUAAAAUUAAUAAGCAAAAUCGUGCCAAGUUUGAAGAUGUCCAUUGCAUGGGUACAAAAAGUCUCCCAAAAUUUAUUGAUGAAAAGAUGAAAAAGAGCAAAGGAGUGUUACCUAAUCGUCAAGAGAUUUAUGUCGAAACUCGAACUCGUAAAGAUGGAUCAAUUGUCAAUGAAAAAGCUGCAAAAUUGAUUGAAGAUCUAAACAAGUAUAAUAAUGAGGUUGGGCCAUCUCAAUCAACCCAAAAUAUGCAAGGUUCUAUGCCUUGGAAGGAUGAUACAUUUUCUAAAGUACAAGGAGCUGCAAAGAAGGGACGUGUGCGGUGUAUGGGCAAGUUUCCUAAAUCUAAAAAAUCAAAGGUUUAUGUGUCUGAAAAUGAAGAGUUACGUGAUAGAGUUAAGCAUAUGGAGGGUUUGUUAGCAAAUGUCAUUACCUUAAUUCAAAAUAAAUUUUCUGGACAAGAUGUGAAUGACAUCAUACAAGCAGCUAGCCAGGUUCCUGAUGCUUCUAGUGCUCAUAACCAUUUGAACUCUCCAAGUCAAGACAAUAAUGAAGAUCAUGAAAAUGGUGAGGAUUAAAAGUUAUAAUGCGAGACUUGAUAAACACUUGAAGAUGAAAGUCAAAGGCUAUGAAGUGGACACAAUUUUUUGUUUGUUUCGAACUUGUAUGCUUAUUUUAU